UCCUACUGUGGCAGCAUCUUCCUCUUUCACAAGUGAGCCAAUUUCAUUGGGCCGCAUUUCAGAAAUUUGAAGCAGAAGAAAUGGUGGAUGCAGUGGUAACUGUAUUCUUGGAGAAACUUCUAAAUGUUCUCACUGAGGAAAGCAGAUUUCUAAGUCAACACAGACAACAGUUUGAAAAACUGAAGAAUGAACUGUUAUUCAUGCAAAGCUUUCUCAAGGAUGCAGAGAGGCUCAAGAGGAAACACAUCACUCUUAAAACGGUCAUGGCCUGUUUGAGAGACUUAAUCUUUGAAGCUGAAGAGAUACUGGAGGACUGCCAGAAUCAAUCAGCAGAUAGUGAUGGGUCUAAUAGAUUCUCAACGCGCUUACAUCCCAAAAGGCUAUCUCAUCGCCAUCAAACUGGGAAGCGACUUGCUGAAAUCAAUGACAAGAUCUCGGAAAUAAAGCAAAACAUUUCGACAUACCUUAAGGUGCCACUUAUGAAUGAAGGAAGUAUGGAGGCACACGAUAAUCUAAUGACAAGAUGGACUUCUCCCCUUUAUGACCACACUCAGGUAGUUGGUUUGGAAGGUGACACAGAGAAGAUAAAGGAUUGGCUAUUUGAAGCAAGUGAUGGUUUACUUGCCAUUGCAUUUGUGGGUAUGGGAGGGCUCGGGAAAACCACUCUUGCUCAGAAAGUCUUCAAUGAAAGAAGCAUGGAGAAUCACUUUGAGAGGAGAAUUUGGGUGUCUGUUUCUCAAACAUUUACUGAGGAACAAGUCAUGAGAAGCAUAUUAAAGAGUUUGGGAGAUGCAUGCAUUGGUGACGACCAGAGUGAAUUGUUAAGAAAAAUAAACCAGUACCUUUUAGGAAAGAGGUUUUUGAUUGUCAUGGAUGAUGUUUGGAGCUUGGACAAUGCUUGGUGGCAGAAAAUCUAUUCUGGACUACCCAAAGGUAAUGGGAGCAGUGUUAUUGUAACUACGAGAAAUGAGUUAGUCGCUCGCAAGAUGGGAGUCACAGAAGCAAGGACACACUGGCCAAAGUUCCUCAAUGAGCACUACAGUUGGUUACUGUUCCGGAAGAUUGCAUUUGCAGCAACUGCAGGUGAAUGCAAUUUUCCUGAAUUGGAGGAUGUGGGAAAGGAGAUUGUGGAAAAAUGCAAGGGUCUUCCAUUAGCAAUCAAAGCAGUAGGAGGAGUGAUGCUUUGUAAACGACCUUACUACCAUGAAUGGAUGCGUAUUGCAAAUCAUUUCCGCGAUGAAUUGAAAGAAAAUGAUGACUCAGUGAUGGCUUCAUUACAGUUGAGCUAUGAUGAACUCCCUCCAUACUUAAAAUCCUGUUUCCUUUGUUUUUCACUCUUUCCUGAGGAUUGUGUCAUACUUAAAGACCAGCUGAUCCGUUGGUGGAUCGGAGAAAGUUUCAUCCCUCUGAGAAGUGGUAGGUUAUCAACUGAAGUUGGAGAAGAUUGUUUCUCGCAACUAUCCAAUCGAUGUUUGAUAGAAGUUGUUGAUAAGGCUUACAAUGGUGUGAUCCAUACUUGCAAAAUGCAUGAUAUGGUUCGUGAUUUGGUGAUCAAAAUUGCGGACGAUGAUUCAUUUUCCACCCCAUCUGAUGCAAAUUGUCGGCAUUUGGGUAUUAAUAGUGCGAUGAAUGGGAAGCAACUACUGAGCAAUCGAAAAUUACGAGCACUGCUGACAACCACCAAGAGUGGUGAAGUAAACAAAAUCCCUUCUGAUAUUGCCAAGAAGUUCUGCAAUAGUCGACAUCUUCAGGUACUGGAUCUGUCGAAAUCAAUUUUCAAUGUGCCUCUUUCAAGUUUGCUGGAAGGCAUUGGAUCUGCCAAACAGCUUACUUAUCUCAGUCUAAGCAAUACACACCCGUUGAUUGGUGUUCCAGAUUCCAUAUCCAAUCUUGAAAAAUUACAGAUUUUGGACUUCAGCUAUUGCCAGAAUAUGAAAAUGCUCCCCUCUUGCGUUUUAACAUUUGUGGAACUAGCUGUUUUAGAUUUGAACCACUGUGGGUCACUUGAGUACCUGCCAAAAGGAUUGAGUAGGCUUUCCAAUCUUCAAGUACUGCUUGGAUUUAAGCCUGCAAAAUUAAGCCAGCCUGGAGGUUGUCGUAUUUCUGAACUCAGAAGCCUUACUCGACUGAGAAGGCUCAGUUUAAGACUUACUCAGGAUGAGGAGAUUGGCGAUGAUGAGGGGAACGCACUCAUAGGUCUCCAAGAACUUCAAUUUUUGACAAUAAGUUGCUUUGACAGUCAAGAUGAUGGACUAGUCACAAAACUUGGUAAACUUUAUCCCCCUCGACAACUCCACGAGCUGAUUCUCAAAUUCUAUCCAGGUAAAAUAAGUCCUGAAUGGCUUAACCCCACAUCUCUCCCCAUGUUGCGAUAUAUGUCAAUCAUUUCAGGUGAUAUGAAAGAAAUGCACGAGAACUUCUGGGGUGAUCGCAGUACUGUUUGGAAAAUUGAGGGGUUAAUGUUGGAAGCUUUAACUGAUUUGAGAUUGGAGUGGUCAGCAGUGAAUCGAGUGAUGCCUUCGUUAAGAAUACUCAAGGCUAGCUGGUGCCCCGAGUUAGAGGCAUUUCCAAUUGAAGAUGCAGGAUUCAGAGGGGGGUUAUGGAAGAAGGAAGAACAUAGGUGCUGACAAGAGACACUUCAACUCAAUAAUUACAUCCUGUUUUAUAUCUUAGUUUUCUUGUUUCCUUUCUUUUGUGGAUCCUAAUACUUUGUAUAAAUAUGUUGAGUUCAUGAUUUUUUUUUUCCUCCAGCUGUAAAAGUUUAAUUAUUUAUCCAGGGAUUGAAACAUAAGCUUCUUGGAUUUUUUUCCUGUCAAUGCAAUGACAGAUCAUUAUUGUAUAAUCUCAUACAAGUAAUAACAUUUUUCCACUUA